GAGGAAUAUAACAAGAAUCAUACCUUUGUGUAUCCAGGAGUGGUAAAAUACUAGCCCGACUCAGAGUGAGAAGGAAGAAGUUUUUAAUUCUACCUUACAAGGUUUUCGUUUUGAAACGUUAAGAAGUGUUACUAAGAAGUGGCAACUCUAACUUGGUCGGUACUUUCGAAGGUCACGAAGAUGUUUGAUCAAGCGUUGACUCGUUCUGGAGUCCCAUUUACUAGUACAGUACAUGAAGAUCCUCUGGUGUAUGGAAUUAAUCAUUCUAAAGAAAUUAUUCCGUGCAUCUCUCAGCUCUAUCGAAAUGAAGCAUUUAGUGAUGUUAUUCUAGUUGUUCAAAAUACUCGUUUCCCUGCUCACAGAGCUAUAUUGGCAGCUCGCUCUGAGUACUUUAGAGCAUUGUUUUAUGGAGGACUUGCCGAGUCGUCUUCACCUGUGGUCUAUCUAAACGAUAUAAAUGUGGUUGCCUUCAAAAACAUCCUACAGUACAUUUAUACCGGUCAGAUGAAAUUAACAAAACCUAAGCUUACCCUUAGUAUCCUGUGUCUCGCUCAUCAAUAUAAUUUUCGUAGUUUGGAAACUGUUAUAUCUACUUACUUAACACAUUCUCUUUCUGUGAAGAAUGUAUGGUGUAUCUAUGAUAUGGCUGUAAUGUAUAACCUGGAUGAUCUCAUAACGGCUUGCCUACGGUUUUUAGACUGCCUUGCACCUGCUCCUUUAUACAAUCCACGAUUCCUUAGGCUAUCACAGUCAUCUGUCGAACGUUUACUAUCUCGUGAUAGUUUCUGUGCCUCUGAAAUUGAAAUAUUUCGUGCUGUAUGCUCAUGGUUACAAAACUCUAAAGAAUCCAACUGUCGAACAUCGCAAACCUUACAUUUAUCAAAUACCCCUGUAAUAACUGCUGAUAAUAAUGGUAAUAACGAUAGUAAUAAUAUGGCUGAACAAACUAGUUUAUCAACUGAAAAGAAAGAACCAAACAUCAGUUGCUUAGCUGAAAACAAUACCAAAACAAUACCAUCGUUGAGUUCGCCAUCGCACAUGGAAAAAUCACCAUCGAUUACAGAUGCUGAAAACGACGAACAGUCAUCAGCAAACGAUUGUAUGACUACUACCUCAGAGAAGUCUCGUUGUACUCAUAUGAUGCAUCAAUGUGUUCGUUUCGAGUUGAUGUCACUUACUGAAUUAUUAACUGAGGUACGUUCAUCAAAACUUGUUAGCUCAGAAGAACUAUUGGAUGCAAUUAACCGACAAACUAAUUGUCCUACUGAAUUGCCUCAUCGUGGAUGGCUAUUACCAGGUGUUAACUUAGCAUCUCCUCGUUUCGGUUGUUCACUAAUUGCUGGUGAAAAUGGAACAUAUCCACAUUUUUUUGUUGAACAUUCUCUUGAUUCGGAUGAAUUGAAUGUAAAUAAAUUGGAUAUUGAAUCUUUGAAGAUAAGUGAGGAUGUUAGUUCCAAUAUAGACUAUUCCGAGAGAAAUGUUAUUCCCGGUGAUGCUAACGAUGACAGUGACAUUAUUGAAGAUGAUGAUACAGACGAAGAACAGGACGAGAUUCACUGUAGAUCUCAUCAUUUCCAACAACAAAAUAAUGAUAAAACUCAGGCACCAACUAUGGACAUGAUGUCUGAUAUCUCAGGUCAUUUACUCAGUCGUCAUCAUGAUCAUGUUCAAUUACCUCGAAGUUCUUUACCAGAAAGCGUAGUUUGGGGCAUAAAUCAUACAGUUAACAAUAAUUCUUGGAGUUCUUUACAUUAUCCAGAUAAUAAUCAAGUAUGGUCAUCUAAUGCUCAAGAUCACAUUCAACAUAAUGGUUUAAAUGUUACUCCAUUUGACGGAACUAGCAUUUUAAAUACUCCAACAACGCCACGUACUACUAAUUGUGUGAAUGAUAAUAAACCAGCCCGUUGGAUUCAACCAUCUACAAGACGACGUGUUAGUCAGCAUAAACCACCACCACCGCAUUCAGAAUAUGAUGUAGUGCGUCAUUCGUUGAAUGAUCCCAAUGCUAAUAUUAUCAUUCGUUUGGGUAAACCUAGUAUUGUGAAUACUAUACGCAUGCAAUUAUGGGAUCAAGAUUUACGAUCUUAUUCAUAUAUUAUUGAUGUAUCAUUAGAUCAAUCCACUUGGCAUCGUAUUGUUGAUUAUCAAAAUUAUAUGUGUCGUUCAUGGCAAACAUUAUAUUUCCCAUCACGUGUUAUUCAUUUUAUUCGUAUUACAGGGACAAGAAAUACAUUUAAUCGAACAUUUCAUUUAAUUACAUUUAGAUGUUUUUAUAGCGAGAAAGUAUUUCAACAAAUAGAUGGAUUUAUGGUUCCUACAUUUAAUGUUGCAAAUGUCGAUCAUGGUGCUACUGUUCUAGAAGGUGUCAGCCGAAACAGGAAUGCACUAAUUGACGGUAAUAUUCGAAUGUACGAUUGGAAUUCUGGUUAUACAUGUCAUCAAUUAGGCAAUGGUGCUAUAGUAGUUCAAUUAGCUCAGCCAUUCUUAUUACGUUCAAUGAGAUUUUUGCUAUGGGAUUUAGAUUCACGUACAUACUCUUAUUCGGUGUAUAUAUCAAAUGACCGUGUCGAUUGGAAACUUAUACGUGAUGCUUCUACAGAGCCAUGUCGUUCUUGGCAGAUAAUUAAAUUCCCGUUGCAGUUAGUAACAUUCAUUCGUGUUGUUGGCUCAUACAACACAGCUAAUGAUGUGUUUCAUUUGGUCCACUUAGAAUGUCCUUAUCCUCCAGCACAAACAACAGAGGAUAUUGUUCAGGCAAAUUUUGUAAAAAUAUCAAAUCCACCACCCAUGAAUACAACAAUAGAUCGUAGUAAUAAUCAAGAAAUUGUAACACAUUCAACUCCUACAACAGUAGUAGUAGUAGUAACUCAACCUAAUAGUACAAAUGAUAGUAGUAACCAUAUGAAUGAAUCUCAUUCAAUCAUAAAUUCAAAUGAUUCAUCAAUUAUUAAUACUAUAACAUCAUCAGAGCAUUUAUUACUUAAUUCUUCUGGUAAUAUUAGACCUAUAUCAAAUAUUCCUAAUACUUCUAAUGAUCAAUUAAAUGAUGAAGCUAUAUCAUUAAAUAAUAAUAAUGAUAGAUCAUUACAUUCAACCAAUAUGACCAUUAUUCAUACAGAUUAUGAUCUAUUACCCGAUCUAUCACAUCAUUCAUUUCAUCCUACAUGAAUAAGAUGUUCGUCGUUUACAUUCAUUGAUAGUUAUUCAUUUCUAUUUAAAACUAUUAUACACCCCUAAUCAUACCAUGACAUGAGAAUAUUGUGAGGGGAACAAAGUCAGACGUCCAGUUCUGAAACUAAGGUGGCAGAUACGGAAGGUACGCCUGGGAGAGUUGCAGUCUCCUCGCGUCAUACAAAUAGUGUGCACGACUCGCAUGCUGAACGGUAGAAUGGUGCGCGAAGCUAUCCUAAACAACACCUAGCAUGGUACUCUGUCUUCUGAUUUCGCUCCUCUGCCUGAUGGAUUCGACAUCUAGGAAAACCGUCAACUUUUGCAUAGGAGUUUGGGCAGUAUCCCAGCUCACACAAGAAUUUCAUAAUAAGUAAAAUAUUCUGUUUGGUCCGCGUUACCGUCCAUUUAGACGAGUUCUGAAGUCACUAUCACAAAUGGAUUCAAUUUACAUUGAUUCAUUUUCCUAUGCCCUUUUCUUAUCAUUUUCUUAAAUUCACUCAACAGCUCAUCUCAGUUGAAAGUGAUGCGUCGUCUAGACGGUACAAAGUUGCUGAAUGCUCAACUUUAUAACUGUUGCCAAAUACGAAAUCUGAUACAACUUCUCUGAAGCUACGUAUGCUACUUAAACUCCUUCGAUGUUCUCAUUGUAAUCCAGGUCGGAUAAUACAGUUUCUGCAAUAUACACAGAAACUAUAUAUUGGAGUACGAUGUCUAGUUGAUACAAAUAUAGAAGACUAAUCAAGUACUAUGGAUUUGUUCUCCAGUUGUCUAUUCAGAAAAUUUUAUUUCAUGUACGCUUUUCCCGGUACGUUUUAGUAUUGGGGUCCGGUUUCUCUAAUGUUAGUGUCGCAUAGAAGUGCGGUAGUAUCGUUAGUCGAUACUAUCCCACAUCAGCAGUUAUAUG